GAAAAUGGAAGCCGGAAACAAGAUGGGUGAUCCGGUUUAUGCAAGAGCGUCAUAGACGGAUACGUGCCAUAUCUCGCUGAUUGGGAUUCGCUGCCGACGGUCUUGGUCACGUGCAUCGAACAGUGUUUGUGCAUGUUCAGCGUGAAACGUCUGCAAGCGGAUGAACUGCUUAUAAAACUUAAUCCGUUAAGAAGAACCAAAGCUACCAAUAAAAGCGUUAAACACCGAAAUCCAUUCAAAAGACCUUUAAGCAAUGGUGGUCAAGUCACGAGUGCACGUGAUUACCGUCUCGCAGUUUUAAAAGCGGUAUCUCCACAUACCCUGGCGAUGUUCGAGGUACCACGUUGGUCCAUCGCUUUACAAAAAGAUGUGCGUCUCGGUAGCGGCCAGUACGGACACGUUUAUCUGGGAUGGCUCGAAUGUGCACGCACUAAGCGGCAGCACCGUAUAGCAGUAAAAAUGCUGUUGGAUGAAUCCCGUGACCACCAAGGAGUCGCAGCUUUACUUGCUGAAAUGACAAUCUUGAUGAACAUUGGGCGGCAUCCGAAUAUAAUCGGUUUGGAAGGCAUUGUUCUUAUACAAGGGUUUAUGACACUUUUGGAGUAUUGUGAGCACGGAUCAUUAGAUGCCUACCUCAGGAAGGCAAAAUCUGACCUCUUGAUGGAUGGUUUGGAAUGUGCAAUGGGUGACUUUGGAGGUUACACAUACGCAUUGACGGAUUUUGCCCAUCAGAUCAGCUGUGGCAUGGAAUAUCUGUCUUCCAAGAAUGUAGUCCAUUGCGACUUGGCCGCCAGGAAUGUUCUGCUAUCCAGCAAAAUGAAGAUAAAAAUUGCCGAUUUUGGGAUGGCGAAUCAGCAAACUGAGCAAAUACCGUUCGAACUCACCUGUGGCACGUUUCGUACCAAAGAAAAAAAAGUCCCUGUGUGCUACCAUUUUACUGGAUGGCGCCUGAAGCUUUGGAUAAAGACCAUCGAUUGUUUUCGGUGCAUAGCGACGUAUGGUCGUUUGGUGUGGUCCUCUGGGAGAUAUUUUCGAUGGGCGAUAUUCCAUACUCUGCCGAAUUUCCCAACGGAUUUCUUUAUGCUCAUUUCCGAAGUUUCCUUCACGACGGCCAUCGACUGCAGAUACCGGAGUUGUGUCGUAAUAAGACUGCAGUACUAAUGUCGGCAUGCUGGCAUAUCAACCCUAAAUGUAGGCCGAAAUUCUCUGAGCUACGAGAAGAAUUAGAGGCUAUCCAAGAGGAGCAUGCUUUGAUGACUGGAGCAGCGGAUCAGUCUGGGUCAGUGUUACC